AUGGCCCACCGUAUCGUUUCCCAGGUCGUUGUUACGGGCGCCCGAGUCUUCGGUCGAGCCUUCGCCGAGGCCUACAAGCAGGCUUCCGCUACCGGCAAGUAUAAAGCAGUCCAAGGCAAAGGCGGAAGCAGCUUCUCCUCAUCCGGUUUGACCCUCGAUGAGGCUUGCAAAAUUCUCAAUGUCAAGCCUCCCCAGGGUGGAGAGACCAACUUGGAACAUGUGAUGGAACGAUUCAAGAAGCUAUUCGAUUUGAACGACCCACAGAAGGGAGGCAGUUUCUACCUUCAGAGCAAGAUUCUUCGUGCGCGGGAACGGAUAGAGAUGGAACUCCGCCAGGCUGAACAGAAAGCUGCCCAAGAGAAGGAAUUACGCGAAGGCUGGAAGCCCAAGGUUUACAAGGAUUAA